CGGGGGGAUAUAGAGAGGAUAAGACACUUGUGGAGACCUUGUGUCCAAAACGAUCCUCCUUAUGUACUAAAUUGGUGUUCUUUCAUUCCUCUCCACUUAAGCUACACAACCAAAUUCAGUCGAUCCAAUCAGAUAGAGAAAAGAGUAAGUAAGAGUCUUACAGAGAUACAAAGAUGGUCUCAAUGACGAUGAUGGCACUUGCUCCACCAGUAGCCGGCGCAAUAACAUCAAGAAACAGAUCAGCAUUUCUACCAACAACCACAAAAACAACUAGCACUACUACUUGUGCAACAAAGGGUACAUCUUCAGCUAAACCUGCUCCAGAAAAAGGAUUUUGGGAGACUUUCUUUACAGGAAUAACAAAGGAAGAACAGUUAUAUGAAACAAGCCCUAUUCUCAAAAAAUUUGACGACUCCAAUGGCUCUGCUGUGAGUAGCAAGACUACUAAGGGUACUGUUGCUACCAAGGGUACUGUUGCUCCUCCUCCACCUAAAAAGUCUGGUGGUUUCGGUGGCUUUGGUGAUCUUUUCGCCAAGAAAUGAUGGGUCGGUCGAUUUUCUUAUGAAGCUAUCUCCCUCCGAUUAUACAUAUUUCUUUUCCAUCUAGAUUUCUAAUCUUUAGUUGAGAAAAAGAAAGAAAAGAGAAAAAAAUAAUAAUCUCAAAAUCAAUUUGAACAUUUAUUUUGUUUUUAUUUAUCAUUAAUCUUUUUAUUGUGUUCUUGUUGGAUAUGUACUUAUGAACUGCUCCAGUGCUCCUAUAUGAAAAUAUGUUAUCUGCA